AGGAUGGAUGAGGAAAAUUGUUCUUCUGUGACUGAAUUCCAGCUCUUGGGAAUUACUAAUAAACCUGAGAUUAACACAAUCAUAUUUACCACAUUUCUAAUUGUGUAUCUCCUUAUCCUUGUAGCAAAUCUUGGAAUGAUCAUUUUAAUUAGAAUGGAUUCCCGGCUUCAAACACCAAUGUAUUUUUUCCUCAGUCAUCUCUCUUUCUGUGACCUGUGCUACUCCACCGCAAUUGGACCCAAGAUGCUUGUGGAUCUUCUUAACAAGAACAAAUCAAUUCCCUUCAUUGGUUGUGCUUUGCAAUUCUAUACCUUCUGUAUCUUUGCAGAUGCUGAGUGUCUCCUGCUGGCAGUGAUGGCCUUUGAUCGGUACAAGGCCAUUAGCAACCCCUUGCUUUAUACAGUCAACAUGUCCAACAAAGUGUGUUCCAUGCUCAUGACAGGGGUUUACCUGGUUGGCCUGGUUGAUGCUUUUAUACAUACUACCUUAGCUUUUCGUUUGUGUUUCUGUGGGUCAAAUGAAAUUAAUCACUUUUUCUGUGAUAUCCCUCCUCUACUGUUGAUAUCUUGUUCAGAUACACAAGUCAAUGAGUUAGUAAUAUUCACCAUUUUUGGUUUCAUUGAACUGAGUACCAUUUCAGGAGUUCUUGUGUCUUAUUGCUACAUCAUACUAUCAGUCUUAAAGAUCCACUCCACUGAAGGAAGGUUCAAAGCUUUCUCCACCUGCACCUCCCACUUAACUGUUGUUGCAAUUUUCCAGGGGACUAUGCUCUUUAUGUAUUUCCGCCCAAGUUCUUCCUAUUCUUUAGAUCAAGACAAAGUGACCUCGUUGUUUUAUACUCUUGUCAUUCCCAUGUUAAACCCUCUGAUUUAUAGUCUACGAAAUAAGGAUGUAAAAGAGGCUUUGGAAAGACUGAAAAAUAGAAUGUUAUUUUAA